AUGGCGCGGUAUUCUAGAUCUGCGUACGUCGAGGCUCUGAGCAGACUUCGAAAAUCUCUAAACGCCCCUUCUGAGCGUCUGUCUGCCGAUAUCUUCUGCGCGGUGCUACUUCUAUGCUUGUAUGAGCUGUUUGCAAAUAAUCAAAAUCCAGACACGUGGAUGAAACAUGCAAAGGCUGUGAGUCAGCUAGCGGAGAUUCGUGGGCCGAACGCUUACAAGGACCCAUUCAAUAAUACGUUACUCAAAGCUGCAAGAGGAUUGAUUGUAAUGCACUCUCUUUUCUCCGGGGAAAGAUGCUUUCUAGCCUCAGAUCGGUGGCAUGCCAUAAUGAAGCAGCGCAUCAACUCAUUCUAUUCCGAAGAGCUGGAAGAUUUGUUAGAGGAAUUCAUAGCUCUAUUCACACUGGCACCAAGCCUAGUCCACGCCCUCUAUGAUAUCAAAGCAUCAGAUAUGACGAGUCCUGCAACCUGGAAGAAGGCUUCCGAAACCUUGACGCGGAUUCUUGAGAUUCAGAACAAACUGUCAGAAUGGUAUAGCCGCUUUUCCCGCAUGGCACCACCUCCAUACGAAAGGCUGUCAUCGUCCAACGAUGCAGUGUAUCCUAUCGUUCUGCACUAUUCUGAUUUAAAUAUCGCCUCAAUAUUCAAUUCCUACCAUGCAUACAUGGCUAUCAUACACGAGGCCCUACGGACCCUUGGUUAUCCUGGUGAACAUGAAGCUAUGGUCGCCUUUUUCCGAGAUCAGAUCUGCAAGUCAGUGGAAUACAACGGUGCCGGUCCCCUAGGGCCGUACAGGAUGGGAUUUCCGCUACGUGUGGCGUACGAGGCCGCAGACCCCAAAACAAAGGCUUGGAUAGAGAACCGUUUGGUGCAAAUGUCGCAGUAUUAUGCAGCUGUGGCACCCAAGAAUUUUGCCACGCCUUUUGACUAA